AUGAACUCAACUGAUGCUCUUAUAGCUAUUUCAGACCAUAUACUCAAUUCGAUCAACUCCCUUAAUAAACUAGAGUAUAAUAAGAGUGGUAGGAAGUAUAAGUUUAUUGAAAACAGUUUUCAAAGAAUCAAAAAUGAAGAUAAACACUUGAUGAUUUCUGAUGAUUUUUCAAUGAAGAUGGCCAUAAUCUCCAGUUAUAAUAUCUUAAACAACAUAAAUCCCGAGAUUUUUGACAAGUAUCCUGACUUUUGCUUAAGUAUCAUAUCGGUUGCCAGAGAAUUGGAAAUAAAUAAGUGGUAUGAAGUUUCGAACAUUAUAAAUUAUUCCCCAAACUUUGAGUUUGAUAACCAAUUAGUCAAGAAUGCUAUCAAUUUUUCAUUGAAGAUCAAACCUAAACAUUUGGAAAUGGGUUAUAACUUAAUGAUUGCAUCAAAGAUCAACUUUUUCCAUACAGAUCAUCAUUUAGGUACCAAGAUCUAUGGGUUUUAUUUGAUCAAGUUUAUGAUUGAUUAUUUCGGAGAAGAAUCAAUUAAUGAUGCUGAUAUUUUAACUGCUUUGAAAUCUUUCGUUCAUUGGGGGUCUAUCAAAUUGAUUUUGUACAAAUUGGACCUCAAAGUUAAUAUAACUGAUGAUGAAUUCUUAUCAUAUAAGAAGUUCCCUCAACCUUUACCUGAGUUGAAAGAGGAAAUUUUCAAGAAAUACCCAUCAGGAACAUCAAAAUAUAAUCUCAUAAAGAAAUCCUUAUUUGCUUUAGCUCAACACCCGUACGGUGAAAUCAUUCCAUUCCCUAACAAUGAUAUUUACGAUUUGAACUGGAUAUUCGAAAUCUGUAAGGACAUUGAAACUGACCCUUUGAAAUACCAUCUUCGUUCGAAACUGAAGAAUUUAUCCAUCAACAAACCGUCAUUCCACCCUCCAGCUACUUCAGUUCAAAAUUUACUUAACUUUAUUGUUGCUAUUAUCACAUUAUUUGAUCUUGAAUUCGAUUUCAUUACCAAGACCACAAAAUUACCUAAAUUCGAAGAUAUCAAAGAUACAGAGAUGCUCAAUACCUUGAAACCCAUCAGUGAUCAGGUCAUACAAUACCGUGAAAAGGAUUGGGGUAUUGAUGAUGUUAGUUUGAGAUUGAAAACUGACAAUUCUUUAAGUUCUGUUGUGGAUCAAUUCCAACAACAAUGGUCAUUAUCUGAGAGUUAG